UUCUUAUAGCUGGUGGUAACAUAUGACGACCAGUAUCUUCUGUCCGUUUCUGAAGAUGGCUGCCUAAUGCUGUGGAAAAUCUCAGACAAAGAGAGUCGAGGACUGAAAAAGGAUAAAGAACUGGGGUAUGCCGAAGAGGUUCUGAUUACCAAGUCUGAUCUGGAGGAGAAGAACCAGGUGAUGCUGGAGCUAAAGACCCGUGUGGAGGAACUGAAAAUGGAGAACGAAUAUCAACUCCGCCUGAAAGACAUGAAUUAUAAUGAGAAGCUGAAAGAGCUGACUGAGAAGUUCAUCCAGGAAAUGGAGGUGCUGAAGACCACAAACCAGAUCCUAAAGGCUGAAGCCGAGAAACAAGAGCUGAAACAUCAGGAGGACAUGGCUGAACUUAUAGAAAAACAGUCUCAAGAGAUGCAGGAUCUGGAGACGGCCAAUAACCAGAAGCUGCUGCUGGAGUACGAAAAGUACCAGGAGUUGCAGGUGAAGUCGCAGCGGAUGCAGGAGGAAGAUGAGCGUCAGCUGCAUGAACUGGAGGAGAGUAAGAGCCAGGCUCUAGAGGAACUGACUGAGUACUACGAAACUAAACUGCAUGAUAAGGUGUCCCAGCUGCAGCAGACCCAGGAUGAGGCCCGACAACACCACAGAGAGUAUGAAGAGACGAAGAAGCAGAUAGAGGAGGAUGGAGACCGAGAGAUCCAAGAUGUAAAAAUAAAAUAUGAGCGCCGUCUACGGGAGGAGAGA